GGGAAAUGAAGGGUUAACUUCACGUUCGCAGUGCAUUGUGGGAUAGAGAGUGAACAGCGAUGGCGGCGAGACCAAAGCACCUGAAACUUUUCAUUGUAACUUAUUUGCACACAUCACUCAUUUUCCUCAAUGUAUUUAUCGACGCUACAGACGUGACGUGGGAUGAAAAUGGAUACAUUCUGUACUGUCCGUGCAUGGGUCGCUUUGGAAACCAGGUGGAUCACUUUCUUGGAUCACUGGCUUUUGCUAAAAUGCUGAACCGAACUCUCGCGGUUCCGCCGUGGAUUGUUUACCGCCAUCACUCGCCGCCUUUUGCUAAUGUGCAUGUUCCAUACAGUGAGUAUUUCCAGCUUGAGCCGCUGAAGCAGUACCACCGUGUGGUGAGUCUGGAGGACUUCAUGGAGCACUUGGCUCCUAAACACUGGCCUCAUGGUCAGAGAAUCGCUUACUGCUUUGAGUCCGCAGCGCACAGGAGCCAGGACAAAAAGAGUUGUCCUAUGAAGGAUGGAAAUCCUUUUGGUCCGUUCUGGGACCAUAUUGGAGUGGACUUUGACCGAUCCGUUCUUUUUGGAGGUCUUUCAUUCAGCUCCUACUACCAGCCACACUGGAUUAAAAGGUUUCCGCCAAAGGAGCAUCCGGUUCUUGCUCUUCCAGGAGCCCCGGCGCAGUUUCCUGUGUUGGAAGAGCACAUUGGUCUGCAGCAGUUUGUGGUUUGGUCUGACAGAAUUGUACAGGAAGGAGAAGGUCACAUCAGAAACCUGCUGAACAGACCCUACGUGGGCAUCCAUCUGAGGAUCGGCUCUGAUUGGCAAAACGCCUGCAAGCUGUUGAAAACGGGUGAUACUGGUCCACACUUUAUGGCGUCUCCACAGUGUGUAGGAUAUGACCGUCAGACUGCUCUGCCACUGACCAUGAACAUGUGUUUACCUGAUCUGACGGAGAUCCGCCGAGCUGUGAAACUCUGGGUGAAGAACACUGGUGCUCAGUCUGUAUACAUCGCCACAGACUCAGAGUCGCACACCACAGAGAUUCAGAAACUCUUCAAGGGCAAGGUGAAAGUGGUGAGCUUGCAGCCGGACACUGCUCAGGUUGACCUGUACAUCCUCGGACAGGCUGAUCACUUCAUCGGCAACUGUGUUUCAUCCUUCUCUGCCUUUGUCAAAAGAGAGAGAAACAUUCACGGGAGACCCUCGUCUUUCUUUGGACUGGACUACCCUGGAAAAAAGAACAGAAAUGAAGAACUCUAAUGAAUCUAAUGAAACUCUAAUGUUUCUCAUUCGUUUUUGAACAAGGCAAUUUGGAUACACACCUCAAGUACGUAAAGGAAGGGAGAAGUUGAUUCAUAUCUCCCAAUGUUGCACUACUAGCUGUACUUUGAGCAGUCAAACCAGAACCAAAUUCUCCAUUUCGUAUUACUGCAAGUUUCUUCCAGAAACACAUCAGGGUUUAUUGUGACAUAUCAAUUGAUUUGUACUGGAAUGUUUGUGUAGACUCAUUCACAAUUUUCGAGGAUGGAAACUGACCAGUAAGGGUUAGGAAUGCUGGAAAACUGUAACCAUUUACUUCAUAGUAAAAACAAAUACUAUGGAAGUGAAUGGGUACAGGUUUCCAGCUUUCUUCAAACUAUUUUGUGUUUUACAGAAGAAACUCAGAAAGGUUUGAAAUGGUUAAAAAGUGAGUAGAUGAUGAUCGGAUUAAAUUUUUGGUUGAACUAUCUUUUAUGGCUGUUUAAGCACCAGAUGAUGUUCUGCUCUUUUGGUUUCUAAGAAUGAAUACUGGAAUGUGUCACUAAGUAAUUCUGAAUGUAUGUUAUGCAAACCUUACCAUGUCUUAUAAUAAUGCAUGUUGACUUUUUUUUGAAAGUCAACGUGAAACCAAAUGGCAGAAAUGUUUUAUUGUUUUAAGCUGUUUGUUAGUAAUUUUGUACAACUUUAAAUAACAUUCCUCAAGUUAGUUUUUCAUUAAAAAUAUCCAGCAGAAA